AUGAUUGAAGAAUUGAAUUUAUAUUCAAAUGUAUCAUCACAAGCUAACACAUAUUCUGAAGAAGAUAUGCCAAUAAAUACAGAACAAGAUCAAAGUAAUCAUAAAUGUAAAAAUGUUGGUCAACCAAGAGAACAAAUUUGGAAGUAUUAUAUAACCAGUAACAAUAUCGGUUCUCGUAGUGCAUCUUGUUAUUAUUGUCCAAAGUCUUGGAGUUGUGGAUGUCCUGGUGAAAUGGAAGCUCAUCUUGCUAAUAUUUGUCCUAGUGUUCCUAAGAAUAUUAAAGAAUAUUGGCAAGAAUCGCUUUCUAAAAAAAUUAAAUGUGAACAUCCAAAUAUAUUAACCAAUCAAAAUAUAUUUAAUCGUAUUGGUAAUGAAGAUUUUUUCCGGAUGUGUAAAAUGGUAUCAGAAAUCUUCAACCCUAUUAAGGAGACUAUUAAUAUUAUGGAAUCAAAAACAGCAAUGAUGUCAGAUUGUUUUAUUGGAUUUAUUAAAUUAGCAGCUGCAAUUAAUCGAAUAUCUGAUGACAACAAUUUAAAAAUAGAUGCUAUUAAAAUAUUUAAUCGUCAGUACGAAGAAAAUGACACAAUAAUUCCAAGCAUUGAUGAGUUAUUAUCUGAUUAUGAAUAUUUACCAUUAGGGACAUUAGAGAAUCAAGUUAACAAAUCAACUAAUAAUACAUUAGAGGAUCAAGUUAACAAAUCAACUAAUAAUACACUCAUGAUUUCGGAAACAAUAGAUAUUACUAAUCUGUCAUUUUCCUCUGAUGGUCAAUUGCAAGUUAAUAUGCCAACAAAUAGUAAUCUUGUCGAAAACCAGAAUUGGCUUGGAAAUAUGAAUAACAACACAGAAGAUUUAGUAAAUCGGAUGUUUGAAAUGAACGAUGAGUAG